AUGCACCACCUCGCAUCUUCCAUCAUCGAAGGACUUAAGGGCCGACGGUCCAUUUACGCUCUAACAAAUGAAUCGACAAUAUCCGAUGAUCGCAUCGAAGAGCUCAUCUCUGAGGCUAUCCUUCAUACUCCCAGCCCUUUCAAUAGCCAGGCCACCCGCAUUAUAGUUUUACUCAAGGAAGAACACGAGAAGUUAUGGGAUAUCGCUCGAGAGGUCGCCAUAGCUAGUGUACCCACGGAGCAAUUCGAGAAGCUAUAUCAACCUCGAAUUGCGGGAUUCCGUGCAGGAUACGGAACGGUAUUGUUCUACGAGGACCCUGCUCCCGUCAAGCUGCUCGAGGAGAAAUGGCCAAUGCUAAAGGACCAAUUCCCCAUUUGGUCCAACCACUCCAGUGGAAUGCAUCAGCUUGCAGUGUGGACGCUUUUGGAAGCUGAAGGACUCGGAUGCAGCCUACAACACUAUGGUUCGUUGAUCAGUGUACAGACUUCAGAACAGUGGAGUAUUCCCAUAGAAUGGAGCCUGAAAGCUCAGUUGGUUUUUGGAAAGCCUACUGGUCCUCCGCGAGAGAAGACCUUUGAACCUCUCGAUAAGAGGCUAUUUGUUCACGGCAAAUGA